AUGAGGUACGUUUUCUUCGACACAAAGGAACAAUCAGUUCCCAUAGGUUACAUUACUCCCAAAUUCCCAUCCUUAUACUGGCCAAUAGGUUUCGAUGAAAGUUUCGAUAACGCGUUUCUCUACAGCGUAGUUGACAUAUGGAAAUUCACACUAUAUUGGUCUCUAAUAUUCAAUGGUGCUUUCUAUGUGUCUGCAGGAGCCGUAGCUUGUUUGACAACGAAAAAAAAAUCACGAUCGUUACUAAUCUUCGCCACAUAUACAGUAUUCGGUGGACUCCAAGGUGUCAUUGUUGGGACAGUGAUGGGAUUCCUAGUCGGCACCAUAUACAGAGCAGGUCUUUUUGGUAUGUCAUGUUGGAUCCCAAUGUGUUGCGCUGUGGCCCAAAUCUUAUACGAUGUGCUGGUAAGCUACUCCACCGUUGGUAGAAUAAUGUGA